UUAAGAACAGAUUUAUUGUCCAAUAGAGAAUCACUGCUAGGUUGUGUAAGUGAGUGUGUGUUAGGCUGCACUCACUAGAGAAGAAGAGAGAGAGCUGACAGAGAGGAGAUUUUCUUCAACUGCUCGACCAACAUGUCUCAACCAGGUCAGGAAGAAGAUGAACAAAUGCAGCGUCCUGAGGUGAGAGACGAGGAUCUGACUGAAGCAAAGAACAAACUGGGCUUCAGUGGGCCGGCGAAGAGCAAGACGUUUGAAGUAAUGCAGGAGUGCGAGAAAGUUGGUAAAGCUGCUCCCUCUGUGUUCAGUGGAGCGAGGUCAGGAACGGAGACUGUUUUGAACGCACGCUCAGGUCGGCCAAUCAGGAAGUAGCAGUAGGCUUCCUGACCAUGAUUGGACAACACCUGUUCCACGUCAGUGGUUUGGAAUCUGUUGGUUUCUAGCUGUACUUCAGUCCAGACCUUUUUUCUUUAGAUGUUCCUCAAUCUCCGAGUGUUUUUGCACCUAAUCCUUUUUUGUUAUGGCAUGUUUUUUAAGAUGAAGUGUUAACUUCCUUUAACGUAGAUGUCAUUUUCAGUCACUAGGGGGGCUCUCAAUUAAACGUUGAGUUAUGACGUAGUGUGGGGUCAUGGGAGCUGUUGUCUUUACCACCAUUCCAACAAGCGGACGUCCCAGUACUGCCGAAUAUUGUGCUUGAAAAGGAUAAAGUCCAUUUAUGAGAGCUUCAGCGAUAAAUCCAAAUUAUACGGACCAUUACCUUUUAUUAAAAUUCAAUUUUUCUGGUUUUGGAUAUUGUACGUAUAGAACUUAACAUAUAUAGCAUAGGUCUCGUCACUGUUAGACAUUUUAAUGCAAAAAUGUUACAUAUAUCUUUAAACAUGAAUUUCAAUACGUAAGCUGUUCUGGUUCUUUAACAAUUAUUGCCUUUUCUGUCACAAGCAUUCAUCGGCCCUUCAGGUUACAGGAUAAUAAUGACCACAACAGAGAUACUCCAAUUCAAACCAUUUCAUGAAUGACUGGCAAGAACAUACAUUUCAAGUGUUGUCUCAUCCAUCUUGCGUUUCAUUGUGAGAAGUGCCAGUAAUAUAGUAAAUGUCAAAAUCAAUGUAAUAAAUCAUUCCAAAAAUA